GCUGGCAUAAUUCCGAUUACGAGGUGAAGUGUGCGAGGUUCUUCUUCUACCCAAGGAAUAUAAAGAACGAAGUAUUCACCUCCACGUCUCCUUCUGAUCAAUCGCACAAGACAAUCAAAAUAUUAAUCAAAAUAAUUCUCGCAAAAAUCUUCUUUUCUUCCACGCAACAAAACCCCUCUCUUUUCUGGGUUUUCUCUGCAAUCAAUCCUUUCUUCAACUUCUUGAUCCAUAUCCUUUUGUUUCGGAUUCUGGGUGAUAUAAAUUUUACUGGGUACCAUUUAAUUUCACAGUUCGUUACCUGCGUUUGAUUGUCUGUUCGCUUAAUCGGAGCUAUUCGUUGGUGGGCAGCAGAAUCUUAAUUUAACAGACGACUGGGGAAUGGACUGGUUGUUUUUGCAUGCUGAAAUUGUUUCUGAAUGAUGUUCAGUGGCAAAAGGGAUUCUAUUGCUCUCAACAUUUUCAAAUGGAAAUGGAGUGGUGAAUCAUCUUUGAGGACAGGAUUGCUUCAGGAUGUGCCUCCUGAGAUUGAGUUGUCUGAUUAUGGAAGGGUGCCAAGUCCCAGAAGUGAGAGCCCUUCUGGGCUUCUUAAUGGUGAGAGCUUGAAAGUGGAACCGAUUGCUGAUUUGGACUUGUUUUUUGAAAGGAUAUACAGCUACUACUGUGAGAAAGGGCUUUGGUGCAUUAUCAUAAAGUGGAUAGUUGAGCUGCUGAGCCUGGGUUUCACUAUUUGUUUCUCCGGAUUUUUCUUACUAUUUGUUGAUUGGAAUGGUCUUCGUAAUGCAAAGUGUGGCUUGGAUGCAAUCGAAUCUGGAACUAAGCCUUGUGAUCUUGCUAAAGAAGCUCUUCAUCAACACCCACUAACCCCUCUAACACUUUCCAAGACCAUUAUUGUUGUAUAUUUGGGGUUAUUUUCCAUUUAUUGGAUCUUCUGUUUUUUAAGGUUUUUUGCUCAGUUAAAGGUCACUCUAGGAAUCCGUCACUUCUAUUACAACAGUUUGCAUGUUACGGACAAUGAAAUUCAAACCAUGCCAUGGGCAACAAUUCUUGAAAAGGUUGUUCAGUUACAAAGCACACAACAGCUCUGUGUGGUGAAGGAUCUUUCUACACAUGACAUCGUGAUGCGCUUGAUGCGGAAGGAGAACUACUUGAUUGGGAUGCUGAACAAAGGGGUGCUUGCUUUCCCAUUCUCUCAGUGGGUCCCAGGGAUUGGUCCGACCAUCAGAUGUGGUUCUAAUGGAAAACAGUAUCGCCUAAUACUAACAAAAAUCCUUGAGUGGACCUUAAAUUGGUGCAUCCUACAGAGCAUGUUUGAUCGAAACUUUUGUGUCAGAAGGGACUUCGUUUCUAAUCCUAAAACAUUAAAGAAAAGGCUUAUGGUAGUUGGCCUUGCAAUGCUACUACUUUCUCCAUUUCUUGUUAUAUUCAUGCUGGUGUAUCUUUUCUUGCGGCAUGCUGAACAAUUCUAUAAUCAUCCAAGUACGGCAUCAUCCCGAAGAUGGUCGAACUUGGCAAAGUGGACUUUUAGAGAAUUCAAUGAGGUUGACCAUUUGUUCAAGCACCGGAUCAACAACAGUGUUGUGCAUGCUAUUGAUUAUCUUAAGCAAUUCCCUUCUCCUAUCAUAUCAAUAAUUGCCAAGUUUAUCUCUUUCGUGUCUGGUGGCUUCGCUGCUAUUUUGCUCAUCAUUGCAUUUCUGGAGGAAUCUCUGCUAGAAGGCCAUCUAUUUGGUCGCAACUUGCUUUGGUAUGCUGCUGUUUUUGGAACUAUAACUGCAAUCAGCCGGGCUGCAGUUAUGGAUGAGAUUCUGGUCCUUGAUCCAGAAGGUGCAAUGUCAAUGGUGGUCCAGCAUACACAUUAUAUGCCAAAAAAAUGGCGUGGGAAAGAAAAUACUGAAAUGGUCAGGAUAGAGUUUGAGACUCUGUUUCAGUAUACUGGAAUGAUGUUGCUCGAGGAGAUGGCUUCAAUUUUCCUUACUCCACUCUUGCUUCUGUUUGUGGUCCCUAAGCGGGUGGAUGACAUAUUGCAAUUCAUUGCGGAUUUUACAGUGGAUAUUGAAGGUGUUGGUCAUGUUUGCAGUUUUAGUGCCUUUGAUUUUCGAAACCAUGGAAAUAGCAAUUAUGGUUCUCCAUCUCAUACACCACGAAACCAGAGGAGUUCCCAGGGAAAGAUGGAGAAAUCAUUCUUGAGUUUUCAAACAACCUAUCCUUCAUGGGAAACAAACAUCCAGGGAAAGCAAUUCUUGUUAAAUCUUCGAACAUUCAGGGAGCAGAAGUUGCAAGGACUGGGGAUGAGACAUUUAUAUUCCCCUCCUAGAACAUGGCGAGGAAGCCCUCACUUGAGAGAUCGUGGGGACAGAAACAGCACAUUUUCAAGGGAAAUGCCCCAGUAUAUUCCCAGAACUGGCUAUCAGUUGGGAUCUUUGUGGCUAAUUGAUGCAGAUCAAAAGAAUCACCCCUACCUUCUCGAUUGGUAUUACACCUCUCGGCCUCAUCAGUCGACAAAUUAUAGUAGAGAUCCUCUGAGGGAACAAACCGAAGUCCCUGGGGAACAUCCUGGAGAUUAUUGGACGCCACCGAACAUGACACAAGGCCACAGAAAUUAUGAAGAUUACUGGGGUCACCAUAAUGGAGAUCGAUCAGAAUCCCAUAUGGGGGCUUCUACAUCGGGCCCUUUGUUCCGCGAGAGCAUACUUCAGCAUCAUGAUUCUGGCAAUGUAGGACAACCUACUAAAAGCCAUUGGUGGGCUAGAAGUGGCCCAGUUGGUGGACAUCCCCGAGCAAGUUUUCUUGAGCCUCCUGACUUCAACCGGUACACUUCUGAUAAGCAUAGUGAUAAACUUUCUGAUAGAAGCUUAGAGGAGCAUGAUCAAAUCUUGGACUGGGGGAGUUCAUACAGGUUAUCACGGACUUGCAUGGACGGCCUUGACCUCGAGGCGGGUGGUGAUAUUAGUCUUCCAUUUGAUGAUGUCUAUAGCAGACCUCCUGAAACUCCAACCAUAUACCGGGAUCCCUCACGCUUUGAGUGACCAAUUAUCUCUUUAUUGCUUAGGGGCUCGCGUCUUCAGAUGUAUGAAUGCAAACGGGUUUCCAUGGCUGGAACAUGCCUUGUUUUACUUGGCAAGGAGGAAACUAUAUUCUUUGAUGUAUAUAAAUUCAUUGUGAAGUUAGGUUCUCUGUAGGCCUCAACUUGAUGGCCUACCUUACAGAAUAUCAUUGGAAGCAGCCUUCUGAAAGUGUAAAAAACAAUUCCUAUCCAUUGAUCAGAUUUCAUUCCAAUUCUCAAAUCUGUUUGUAUAUAUCUGGAUCUGUUUAACUCUCUUGAUUGAUGUUCUUCUGUGUUC